AUGGCAUCGCCAUACACUCAAGCGAGUCCGUAUUCGCCCUCGGAUGCACCGGGAACUUCUGGAGCGACCUCCAGAUCAGUAUCCGACUUACCGCAAUCUCAAGUGGACGCUAUAAUUCGAACGAAGCGGAAGGCGCGCGAACCCAAAGCGUGCUAUCCAUGCCACGCCCGUAAAGUUAAAUGCGAUCGAAAUCUCCCAUGCGAUGGCUGCGUGAAGCGCGACCACGCCGAUCUUUGCUCUUAUGAACGCCCUGCGAAAAAACGUGCACAGGUGUUUCAAGGCAGUCCCGUCGAGGGAGUCUCGGCAGGGUCUACUGCAGAAUAUGGGAACUACCACGGCCAUGAAGACAGCGAUGUGCCUUUGAAGAUGGAUCCUGGUCAAGGGUUUUCAGGUCAGAUGGGCGGUUCACGGGCAGGAGGCAGGGUUUCCAUUGCAAGGGAGGAGUGGGACAAUGUGCGAAAUCGAUUACGGGAAAUGGAAUCAACCAUCUCAUCGCUCCGAGUUGGCCUCGAACGCGCCGAGGAAGUGCCUCAUUUUGGGACGGAUGGUGGCACAGGGAGUGUCCGGAACGGCGACACAGACUCUCGCGGCAAAGCUGCGUCGCCCGAACGAGAAGGCAUCCACACAAACAACACUUUAGGCAAAGGCACCGUUCAUCUCGGAUCGCGCUCGGUUCUUGCCUAUAUCUUGAACAACAAGUCAGGAUCGGAUCAACUACAGACACUUCUGGAGGACGGGAUAUUGCCAAAGCUCGGGCUUGACAAUGAGUCAGCGACAUAUCCCUUCGUAGACCUUUGGUCAUCGGACAUGUCAUCCUUUGAUAUCAGCGCUGUGUGCAGUGCGCUGCCGAGCGACCAGCAAUGCCGAGAAUUCUUUUUUUACUAUAAAGAUAUCGCUGGGGCAAUUUAUCCUGUACUCGACGAUUGUGAGCAGUUUCAAGAAACGCUUGAGCUUCUGCUUCAAAACAGGGCGGCUUCGGGUGGCGUGUAUCGUGAAAACAUCGAUGAGGCGCAGAAGCCUUUUGGUGUGAAUAUUGCUUUUCUUGGCUUGCUGUUUGCUGUACUCGCCUCCGGCUGUCAAUCGUCUGACCUGGGCAGCAAAGAGCGGGAGUUGACCUCACAAGUCUAUGUCUGCUGCUCGUAUCAGUGUCUGCGAAUGACUAAUUUCCUAUCUCAGCCUACCAUCGAGGCAAUUCAGACGUUUCUUGUCAUCGGGAACGUACUGUCGUAUAAUAUGAAUCCCGGAAUUUCCUAUGUUCUACUGGGCAUGACUCUUCGCAUGGGCUUAGCUCUUGGGCUACACGUGGAAUCUAGCAGAUUCUCUUCGCUCGAGCGAUACCGCCGUCGACACGUUUGGUGGUCUAUGGCAUGGCAGGAUAGCCAUUUCUCAUUGUCUUAUGACCGCCCAUCCACAACCGCGGUCAGUCAGCCAGAAAUCGCCUAUCGUGAAGGCUCAACAGCCGGCGAUCUCUCAUACUUCGAGACCUUGUGCCGGGUGAUAUCCCUCGCUCUAGAGGUUGUUCGAAUUCGUAUGCUCAGUCCUCACACUCAAAUUACCUUCGAGAGCAUCCAAGCGUACAAGGAAAGAAUCCAGAGAAUCAUGGUUGAAGCCAAACCACAUCUGCGAGAUGCGCAAUACUGCUCCAACUCGCCAGAGCAUCUCGAGCGUGUUGUGCUGAAGUUACACUCUUCUUACUUCUCAUCCGAGCUCUGCCGACCAUCGUUAAAGCCGACCGUAGAUGCGAAUAGUGCUGCCACGGCUAGCAUGCGUCGAGAUUGUGUCUCAAAUCUUAUGACUACGGUUGAGGCCUAUAUCGAGAUGUAUCAGAUCAGUUCGCAUGCAGCCAGGUCGUGGAUUGCCUUGCAACGAGCAAUCAGCUCCGCCUUCCUUCUUGCUGUGGUCGAAGAAGCAAAAUUGGAACCUAAAGUCUGGAGCCUUCUCCGUCAACUUGAAUCUAUCAUCGCUGAACGAGCAAGCCACGAGCGCGCAUACGAUACUGAUGUCACUGGCACCAGCAGCGGUAUUACUUCGAGGCCUGCGGGACUAUCGACUUAUGACUCCGUCACUGGCGUGGCCAAGCCCAACGGACCUGGGCAAUCCAUGGCGAACCCCACAUCUCCUACUGCGGUCAACCCGGAACCUCAGACUCAAUGGGCAAAGUCGCUGGCAAAGACCCAUCGAGCCCUGCAAAAGCUGCUGACAGCUUUCGGGACCCAACAAUCUCGCGGCACGACUGGUUCUAGCGCUCUAUUCCCCCAGUCGAGCCUUCAUCCCACCGCACCCACAUCCAUGGGAUCUUUCGUCCCGCCUGUAUCUGCGAGCAUGACGCCUAGUAUUGGAUCUCUACCUCCUCCUACUCCAGAAAGCUCUGGCAGUGGCGAAUGGACAAUGCCCAAUAUUCUUGAUCGUGCCUCUGAGUAUAUACACCCGCCACUUUGGGGUUAA